CUGUUUUUUAUCUCCCAAGUCUUUUGCCUUUUUUCAGCUAUCAUUCCGAUUACGGAUAAGAAUCGUUUUUUACUACCCUUGCAUUUUUCUGUGGAUCCUGGACCAGAUUUUACGUGGUGGAAUGAUGCAGAAGAUGCUGAAAUCGCAGCACGCAUUGAAUUAUCCGAGGCUGACAAGCUUGCAUUAAUUUGUGAAUAUAUGGAUAUUAUGAAGGUUCAGGUGCGUCGGUGCUCAUUUCGGCAUAAUUUAAAUGGAAGUAAAAUGUUAUGUGGUGAGGAAGGAAGAAAGUCUAUGACACUAUCGUGCGGUGAUGUUUUUGUUAGUAAAGAUCAUUCUUCAAGAUUGCUAAUCGAAAUAAUGCAACAAAUCAAAAAGCGAUUAAAAUUAGGGCGUAAAAAAAAGAACCAGUUGAAUAGUGUCGAAAAAGAAGUGACUGUAUUUGAUUUACGCUGUUCGAAUUUUGUUGUGGCUGCCCGUUUGCAUUGUCACGCUCAUCAAUAUAUGGAGCAUAUGGUCGAUAAUUAUUUAUGCUUGGCAAAGGAGCGUUUUGAACAGUCAAAAAAUGCUCCAGAAGCAAUUACUCGAGAGCGUGCGAGAAUGUCACGUUCAUUUAGUACUUCAUCGUUGCAAGUUUUGUGCAUUAAUAAACACUGCCAAAAGAGUGCUUCUCAGUCAACAAACUUCUUAUGCAACGAUUGUUUUGAGUAUCAAAAACAGUUGAUGGCUUCUUUUGGAUGCUCUCAACCGGGACAUUUGCGCUCACUCCGUUCAUGCUUUUCUACUACUAUGCGUGACAAAUCGGACUUCUCAUCAAGUAGAGAUAGUGCAAUAAAAUCGAAGACCAUGCCAUCUAUUGCUGUUUCAUUCAUGCCUUCUUCUCCAGAAAAUAAUGCAAAAUCGGGAAGUGAUCACGCUACUCCUAACCAAACAUCAAGCGCCGCGUUCGUUCCCUUUGUAGCUAAUAGUAGACAGUCAUCACUGUCUGGUUCAAAAUUUUUUGUAUCAAGAAACUGUGAAGAAAUUAUCCAUACGGUAGCUGUUCAUUACACACAUGCACCCUCGGAAGAUGUUACUACGAAGGUUUCAUCUAUUAAAGGUGCGAAUGGAGUAACGCAUUACUAUGUUUCGCAGUGA